CAGACGGUACUUUAAAGUGCCUGAAGUGUGGCCAGGUUUAGCAGUGCGUUUAGCUUUAUGAAACACAGCUGCACGCGUAUUCAAAGAGUCAGUGCGCGUCAAGGCUGGAAUCCCAUUGGAUCUAAAACGCGGUUUCUCAUUCAGUUAACGUAAAAUGUCUAACGAAUCGGACGAUUAUUGGAGCUUGACCGAUGCUGAGCGGGAAUACGCUGCCUUGAAUUUAAAUGAGCAUGAGCACGAUCGGGAAAAAAAUAUCUCGGAAAUGAGGCAGUGGAUAUUAGAAAAUAAAGACUUGCAUACUCGCACUGAUGACUUUUACAUUCUGCGUUUCCUGAGGGGCUGCAAAUUCGACAUGAAGAAGGCGAAAAUGAAGUUUCGGAAUUAUCACGAGCUGAGAGCAACGGUUCCCGAAUGGUUUGCCAACAGAGACCCGUUGCUGCCUGAGCUUCAAGAAAUGUUCCAGAUGGGGGUAUUUUUACCGUUGAGAAAAUUCGAUCACGAAGGAAGAUUAGUCGUCAUAAUUCGAGCGUCGGUGCACGAUCCCAGUAAGCACAAACAGUCAAACGUGUUCAAGGCUGGCAAGAUGAUUCUUGAACUCGCAUCGAGAUACAGCAAAGAGGUUUCGCUCUACGGUGUAUUCGCGAUAUUUGACCUUGAUGCAGUGACGCUAGGACACGCUCUGCAAUUACCGCCAGCAGUGAUCAAGCGAGCGGUUCAUUCGUGGCAAAGUUGUUAUCCGAUGCGAACAAACUCCAUGGAAUUUAUCAACGCUCCAGUUUACGUCAACUUCGUACUGAAUGUAUUCAGGAAAUUUAUGACCCCAAAAAUGAAGUCUAGAGUUCACGUUCAUACUCGCGGUUUGAAAAAUCUGCAUAAAAAAAUAUCACCGAACAUAUUACCGUUGGAAUACGGCGGCACGGAUGGCACUGUGAAAGAAUUGACUGAAUACUGGAAGACCAGGGUCGAGAAUGAUCGGGAAUGGUUUAUCGAAGACGAGAAGUACAAAAUGAUUUCCACCGAUAACAAUUCAAUCAAACCGUCCUAAGCAUCGAAUUAUUUAUUUAUAUUAAUGCACACUUAGGUGUAUCACUUACGGAUAUAGGUGAAAUGUUUUUUGAUAAGCAAUAAAAUAUAAAAUCCACUAA